UCGGUGGCUUGCAGUACAAAUGAGGUUCUCAUUAAUUGUCAAAUAAAUAGGGACAAUCAGCAAAAGUUUUGUGUUUUUUCGUUUUCCCUUAAAUGACAAUAUAAAAUACAUACAAAAUGCCGCGUAUUAUGAUAAAGGGAGGUGUUUGGCGGAACACGGAGGAUGAAAUUUUAAAAGCCGCUGUUAUGAAAUAUGGCAAAAAUCAAUGGAGUCGAAUAGCAUCUCUCUUACACAGAAAAUCUGCUAAACAGUGUAAAGCACGUUGGUUUGAAUGGUUGGACCCAAGUAUUAAAAAAACAGAAUGGAGCAGAGAGGAAGACGAGAAACUUCUUCAUCUUGCAAAAUUGAUGCCCACACAGUGGAGAACAAUUGCUCCAAUCAUUGGACGCACAGCUGCACAAUGUUUGGAACGUUACGAAUAUUUACUCGAUCAAGCUCAGAAGAAAGAAGAAGGAGAUGAUGCUGCAGAUGACCCUCGCAAGUUAAAACCAGGAGAAAUUGAUCCAAAUCCAGAAACAAAACCUGCCAGACCUGAUCCCAAGGAUAUGGAUGAAGAUGAACUGGAGAUGUUAUCCGAGGCACGUGCUAGGCUUGCAAAUACUCAAGGCAAAAAGGCAAAACGCAAAGCCAGGGAAAAGCAAUUGGAGGAAGCUCGCAGGCUUGCAGCUCUGCAAAAACGUAGAGAAUUAAGAGCUGCUGGUAUUACUGUAUCACAAAAGAACAAACGCAAACGCGGGGUUAAUUACAAUUCUGAAAUUCCGUUUGAGAAACGGCCAGCAUCCGGAUUUUAUGAUACGUCUAACGAGCACGUUGAUCCCCUUGCUAUCGAUUUUUCAAGAAUGAGACAGCAACAUUUAGAUGGCGAGCUGAGGCAAGAGAAGGAAGAAAUGGAACGUAGAAAAGACAAACAAAAGUUAAAACAACGCAAGGAAAACGAUAUUCCAAUGGGGAUGCUCAAUAAUGAAGAACCAAUAAAAAAAAGGAGUAAACUAGUUCUGCCAGAGCCACAGAUAUCUGAUCAAGAACUGCAGCAAGUUGUUAAACUUGGCAGAGCAUCAGAGGUUGCUCGUGAAGUUGCAACUGAAAGUGGUAUCACAUUAUCGGAUAGUUUACUGGCUGAUUAUUCUUUACCAACAAAUGCAGCUGCAACUCCUCGUACUCCCGCGGCUGCAGACAGAAUUCUUCAAGAAGCUCAAAAUGUUAUGGCUCUUACUCAUGUUGAUACUCCAUUGAAAGGUGGAUUAAAUACCCCGCUAAAUAAUUCCGAUUUUACUAGCGUUGUGCCUUCCGCUAAUGCUGUGGCAACACCAAAUACUAUUUUGGCUACACCGUUUCGUUCGCAACGUAGCGACGGCACUCCGGCUAAUUCGUUUAACACACCGGCAUCCACGCGAACGCAAAACGGAGUUCUAGCGGCAACGCCAGUUCGUGACAAGCUUAGCAUUAAUCCGGACGAAGGCAUCGAGGGAUCAGAGACUCCCCUAAUUCAGAAACAAGUGAAAGAACAAUUACGCGCUGGCCUAAGUGCUCUCCCAACGCCGCGUAAUGACUACGAGAUAGUAGUUCCUGAAGGUGAAACGAAAGAUGAGAGUGCUGCUACACCUACAACUGAGAUAGUCGAAGACCAGGCUGAUAUAGAUGCCAGGCAACAACAGGAAUUAAUGGAACAAAGAAAAAGAGAAUUAUCUCGUAGAUCACAAGUUAUACAGCGAGAUUUACCGCGACCAGUUGAUGUAAAUAUGAAUAUUUUGAGGCCGUUCAUGGACACUCCAUUAACGGAUUUGCAAAGAGCAGAGGAACUGAUUAAAAGGGAAAUGAUUACGAUGUUGCAAUACGAUGCUCUACAGAAUCCGGUACAACAGAAUCGCAAAGGUGCCUCGAGUUCGAUAGCUCAAGCGCAGUCUUAUUUAGACCAGCAUCCGUACGUUAAUUUUGAAGAGGAUGAACUUAGUGCCGCUAAACAGCUCUUGACUGAUGAAAUGGGAGUCGUGAAAGAAGGUAUGGCGCACGGAGAACUUAGUUUAGAUUCCUACACAACUGUAUGGGAAGAAUGCUUAUCACAGAUCUUGUAUCUGGAAACGCAAAAACGGUAUACGCGAGCGACAUUAGCUUCAAAAAAGGAUAGAGUAGAAGCAUGCGAAAGGAAAUUAGAAGAAAAUCGCAUGCACAUGACCGGGGAAGCUAAACGGGCGGCCAGAAUGGAAAAAAAGUUGAAAGUUCUUACUGGCGGUUAUCAGACUAGAGCACAAGUAUUAACGAAACAGCUACAUGAUUUGUGGGAACAAAUAGAACAAACUCAUUUAGAGCUAUCGACGUUCAAAUUUUUGCAAACGCAAGAAGAGGCAGCGGUACCAAGACGAGUAAAUGCGCUUAUGGAAGAUGUUAAUAGACAAACGGAACGAGAACGUGUAUUACAAGGACGCUUCGCGCAAUUACAAGAUCAAUUGCAGCAAUGUUAAAUAUUUGUCCAAAUAAUUCAUUGUAAUAUAUAUUUCAAUUAUUGUAAACGUUUUGUGAAA